GUUUGAUAUUUAAUCGUUCAUUCUUGAGGCCCAGCACAAUCCGGCCCAAAAGAGCGUGGCCGGUAAAAUCAAACAAAUAAUUGUUUCCCCGGAAAAAGCUGUCCAUCCAGCAGACACACACGACGUCUACGUGGUCAGUGUGAAAAGCUUGAUUCAUUUCCAAGUUGGAAGCUUUUUGGCCCUUUUGAACAUCUUGGUAUAUGGCAUCUAGAAGAAAUAUUCAGUACAGCCGUCUGGCUACUGAUGACUACGAUGAUAUUGACGGUAGUGUAUUGAGACAUGAUCCUCGGUUUGAUUAUUCUCUAAAACAGUUAGAUGUGAUCCCAUGGAAGUCCAUUGCACUUGCCCUGUUUUUACUCCUUCUGGGCUCUAUUCUUCUCUGUCUGUCAAUAUUGAUAUUCACAGGACACAUGGGAGGAGAAGAGUCCCAAGCCUAUGGCCUGCUUGGACUUGGUAUUGUAUCCUUCCUUCCAGGAUUCUAUGAGACACGAAUUGCUUAUUACUCAUGGAGGGGUGCUCAAGGAUAUCGGUUUGCAUCUAUCCCUGCAUACUAGUCUGAGAAAUGGAUGUCAGUGAGUAUGUAUGGUUGGUGACCAAGCAAAUUGAGGAGUGAGAAGCAAUAGAUAUGACAUCCUAUGAAUGUUAUCGACAAAAUUUGGCUUUGGAACUGGAGGUCAUAAAUAUCUGCUAACAAUUGUCCUAGUAAUAAAGACGAAGAAGAGUGCAGAUGCUUGUAGCUAAAUAAAGGCAAAGAAAGGCCCACUGUUCCCUCCAAUUUUGUUUUCAGGCCAAAUGAAAAAAUUGGAAUCUAAAUAAGGAGCCCAUGUUAAGGAUUCUCUGUUUGUUUGUAAUUGUUACUUAUUAUAAUUUAUUCUCUUGUAUGUUUGGAUGAUACCUCCAGGUAUGCAUUCAGUAUGUGAUGAAAUAUGCAAAGAGUGAUUGAUGAUCA